AUGGCCAUUCGUCAACACAGGGCGCCCGCCGCCAAAAAGGCCAAGCCAGUGAAAGCGAUAGAGCCAGAGGUGGAGGAUGAUUCCAGCGAAGAUCUAGCGCUGGACGAUGGCGAAGAAGAGUUCCACUCAGAGGACGAAAGUGAAGACGCAGAUAUUGCUGCGAUAGCUGAGGAUGAAGAAGAGUUCCACACCGCCUCAGGAGAUGAAGGCGACGACGAAGACGACCAUGUCCCAAGCGCGCCCCUCCUCCCCGCAUCCCUCCUCAAAUCCAAACCCACCAGCACAUCCGUCCCAGUCAAGAUAUCAUGGAACAGCCUAAGUCGCCAUCAAAAGAAAGCCCUCCGCGACGAGAUGGGAGUCAGUAUGAAAGAACUGCGGACUCAAGUUCAAGGUACUGGUGUCAUUGAAGCUGGCCGAGCUGCACAGCUCAAGCGUGGGAUUCUGCCAGCGGAUAAGGUGGCAGGGAGUAGGAUCGCGAAGAAGAGGAAGAGGAAGGGCGGGCAGCCGAAGAUUGAGAGUAGUGGGAAGCAGAAGUUGAUUGAGGAGAGGAAGCGGAGGAUGCUGGAGAACGCGAGGGGCAGUGUGUUGCCCGUGAAGAAGAGGAAGACGAAGGCGCACAGCAGGCGGUAG